AAACAAGUUUCAUAUGACUAUGAAUAUUUCCCGACCUUCUCACCUUCAAAAGAUCUAUCACAUGAGAGGAGUAAUCACAGAAACAUGGGCAAUUGCAGCAGUUUUAAUGCCUUCAGGAAUCAAUACAAUACGCAUAGUUUGAUCGGAACCGAAGACCAUACUCACGAAGGCAUAAAAACUGUGCAUGUUGAGAAGGAAUGUGAGUUCUCGACGGGUUCAGUUUUGUGUGUUUGUGUAGUGACAUGGAACAUGAAUGGCAAGUUCUCACCAAAGGAUCUGAAGGAGCUUGUUAGCAAAGACCGGAAGUUCGAUUUACUGGCAAUUGGAUUUCAGGAAGCUCCAAAACAUAACGUUGCAGGGCUGUUAGAAGAAUCAUUAGCAGAAACUCACAGUCUCCUGGGAGAAUCCACCAUGCAAUCACUGCAGCUAUUUAUCUUUGGAGCCAAAUCUUCAAAAUCAUAUAUCAAAGAGUUAAGAGUAGACACACAGGCAGUCGGAGGAUGUGGAGGUUUGAUAGGAAGAAAGAAGGGAGCAGUAGCGAUAUACUUAAACUUCAGUGGGAUUCGUAUGGUCUUUAUAUCUUGCCAUCUUUCAGCUCAUGAGCAUAAGGUGGACGAAAGAAACUCACAAUGCAAGCACAUAUCUCAUUCUCUCUUCUCAAAAGAUGAUAAUCCAUCUUCAAGACCAUCCCAUGUCAGUGUUUGGCUCGGCGACCUCAAUUAUCGGUUAAAAGAUAUCAGCACACAACCUGCAAGAAAUUUGAUACACAAAAACCUUCAAAGUCUCCUGAUUGAAAAAGACCAACUGCUACAAGAAGCUGAAAGAGGAGAAGUAUUUAAUGGUUAUUGCGAAGGGACUUUGUCGUUCAAGCCCACAUACAAGUAUAAUGUAGGAAGUAGCCACUAUGACACAAGUUACAAGAUUAGAGUACCAUCAUGGACUGAUAGAAUCUUGUUCAAAGUUGAAAGUAAUUCCGGCAUUGAUGCAGUCCUGCAUUCCUACGAAUCCAUCGAUUGUAUAAAGAGCUCUGACCAUAAACCAGUAAAAGCUCAUCUCUGUUUGAAAGUAAACCAUGCCUAAUUGUAUGCUUGACAACACACAUUGUAUUUUUUUCCGUCAAAUUUGAAUCUUUGUUCUGAACUUUUGAUAA